AGCGCGCUGCGCUCCUAGCAGAGGUCUUGCAGGGACAGGAUCGCACCACACUACCGGCCGAGGCGGGGAGAUAAACAUACCGGAGAGGCUUGACUGCAGCUGAACCAUAGCACUUUUUUUUUUUUUACCCAGGGAGCACUCGGCUUUCCCAAACGGGCUGCCUCGGUUAAUUGUGAUCAGGGUGAGCGGGGUGGUCGCCGCCUGCAUCUGUGUGUGUGUGUACGCGCGCGCGUGUGUGUGCGUGUCUCCCCUCCACAGCGCACAGGCGCCCUGCACUCCAGUCUGCUGACACACCAGGAGGACAGUCCGCACUACACGUCCGUGUCAUUGGACUCUAUGUGGAUACAAAGCCCGGUCAACACAGAUCCAUGGGGAUACUUUAGUGGGAACUGCAUCCUGCGACCUUUUACAUGAAAACAGAGCAGCACUGAAGGACCUCGGAGAGCCAGAGAACGAGUGCUGGCCUUCGUUUAACUGUGUGACCAGCGAAUGAGCCUUGUUCAUGCGUCUCCCUGCGUGCCACUCCCACAUAACUAUGAACUGUGAGCAGGAUUUUGGAGACGGGGGCUUGGGAGUGACCCUCACGCUACGACUGCUCAUGCAUGGAAAGGAGGUCGGCAGCAUCAUAGGAAAGAAAGGAGAGACAGUGAAGCGAAUACGAGAAGAGAGCAGUGCUCGGGUCAACAUCUCAGAGGGCUCCUGUCCAGAGAGGAUCAUCACCAUCACCGGCUCCACAGACUGCGUCUUCAGAGCUUUCACCAUGAUCACAUACAAAUUGGAGGAGGAUCUGACUGCAUUGGUGGCCAACGGCACCAUCAGCUCCAAGCCACCAGUCACCCUGCGGUUGGUCAUCCCUGCCAGCCAGUGUGGCUCUCUCAUCGGGAAGGGAGGGGCAAAAAUAAAGGAGAUCAGAGAGAGCACCGGAGCUCAGAUACAGGUGGCAGGGGAUUUGCUGCCCAACUCGACUGAGCGAGGAGUGACGAUAUCUGGGAAUCAGGACUCUGUAAUCCAGUGUGUCAAGCUCAUCUGCACAGUAAUCCUGGAGUCUCCCCCGAAGGGUGCCACCAUUCCCUAUCGACCGAGCCCCUCACCAGCUACAGUCCUCAUCGCGGGGAACCAGGUGUUUGAGGCAUCAGAUUUUGCACCCCACCCUAUGUACUCAGUCACCCAGGGUGGCCUGGACCUCCAGCAGGCCUACACUUUGCAAAACCAAUAUGGCAUUCCACACUCAGAGCUGGCCAAGCUACAUCAGCUGUCAAUGCAGCAAGGCCUGAGUCCAAUUGCCCAGCCUGCAUCGACUAUCAUACCUGGAAUGGACUCCAACUCUCAGACAUCUCAGGAGCUACUUAUUCCCAAUGAUCUGAUCGGCUCGAUCAUUGGCCGUCAGGGCACUAAGAUCAACGAGAUCAGGCAGGUGUCAGGAGCUCAGAUCAAGAUCGGCAGCCAGCUGGACGGGACAAGUGACCGUCAUGUCACUAUCACAGGAACACCAGUCAGCAUCAACUUGGCCCAGUACCUCAUUACCUCCUGUUUAGAGACAGCCAAAUCCACAGCCCAGGCAGCCACCAUGGCAGCUCCGGUCGACCUCAACAUGGCCUUCACCCAGCCAGCCUCCCCAGCUGCCUCCCCCACACCCACUCUGGCUGCCGUGGGCGCCCUGACCCCGGCUCACAUGUUGGGCACCCCGUAUGGUGCCAUGCCCCUCUCCGGCCUGCUGGGGAUGAAGUCCGUCCCCUUUCUGACUCUGUCCAGCCCCGCCCCAACCGUGGCUGUCACUGCAGCACCGUCCCACACCACUCUGGCCGCGUAUACCGCCAAAAUCUCCUCAGCCAACUGCAUCAAAAAGCCAGAGAGACAGAAGUUUGCUCCGUACUGACGUAGCCUCUGAGCUCUGUGUCUGGAGAGUCAGAUGAAGGACAGCUGCAGUGUUCUUCCACAAACGCCUGAUGUAGCCAUAUCCGCUGGCAGAGAUGCUCUUGACUUUUAUCCUAUGAUGCACCAACAGAGAAGAGACCAAUAGAGGUGUGGAUAAAGCUAUUAAAACUUAUUUACGGUUAUAGAUAAUUUGUGAGUUUCCCAUGAAUUGAUGGACUGCUUUCAUCGUCACCUCAUCACUGUUAUUGAUCACUAAAAGAAGGGCUGGAACCUCACCUGAGAAACACAUGUUUAGAUUUUUACAUGUGUAUCUCAAGUUAGAGAUCAGCUAUAAGUAUUUAUCCUUCAAUAAAUUUGUAAAUUAUACUCAGAUGACAAAUGCUCUACUGUAUGAUGCUUUUAUACAAUGUCUAUGUUUGCCUCUUGAAGUUUUUAAGAAAAUUUGUAAAUGUCUAGGGGAGGGGGGUUGUUUCUUCUUUUUUUUUUUAAUAAUCUGUGCUAUGGUACUGUACUUUACUGUUCAGUGUUAUGUUUGUUUUGUUGGAUUUUAUUUUGAAUGUGCAACUUGUUUAAUCUUUAUUUAUUAGUAUUGUUUCAUUUAUUAAAAGUCUUUGUUUCCUGACAUAUUUGUCUCCUAUAUCUAUCCUUAUCUUUAUCUGUCGCGCACUGACACACAAAACACCGCGGGCCUGCUCAUUUGCUUCAUACGCAGUAUUUGAACCAAUUCAGUGUCAAAUUAAUAUAGCAGAGGGGGUGAAACUAACUGUGUGCGAUGCCAGGUCCAGGUUAUUUUUGUUUUCUUCCAAACACAGGCUGGAUGGCAGCUUGUCAUUCCAGUUGCCAGAAUUUAUGAGAGA